UUCAGCAUUUGGUUAACUUUAACGAAACAAAAUCCCCUGCUUUUCCCUGUGUUUCCUGUUCGUUGCAUUUGUAAGUAAAAUGUCAGGUCUAAGAGCCCCGUCUGAUUAUUCUGAGGAGCCACCUCGUCAUCCAAGUCUCCUUGUUAAUUCCCAGGAACCUUUUAAUGCAGAACCACCACGUGCGGCGUUAUUAGAGUCGUACGUGACACCGGUGGAUUUGUUCUACAAGCGAAACCAUGGCCCUAUCCCUGUCGUCGAUGACAUUGAAAGGUAUCGAUUGUCUAUAUGCGGUUUGGUGGAGAAACCCUUGGAGAUAUCAAUGGUUGACAUUGUGAAUCUGCCGAAGCACAUUGUGACAGCCACUCUACAAUGUGCAGGUAACAGAAGGACCGCAAUGAGCAAAGUGAAAACAGUGAAAGGCGUUGGCUGGGACGUUUCCGCCAUUGGAAACGCCGUUUGGGGUGGGGCUAAACUCGCUGAUGUUCUCAAACUUGUGGGAAUCGCUAUAACAUCAGUUUCCCCGUUGGGAGGAAAGCACGUUGAGUUUGUAAGCGUUGACAUGUGCAAGGAGGAAAAGGGCGGACCUUACAAGGCGUCAAUACCGAUGAUUCAAGCAACAAACUCGGACGCUGAAGUUUUACUAGCAUAUGAAAUGAAUGGAGAGCCUCUAAACCGGGAUCAUGGGUAUCCGCUGCGUGUAGUUGUUCCGGGUGUUAUAGGUGCCCGUUCUGUCAAAUGGCUGAGUUCCAUCAACAUAAUCGAAAACGAAUGCCAGGGAUUCUUUAUGCAAAGGGACUACAAAAUGUUUCCUCCUACUGUGAACUGGGAAAAUAUCGAUUGGUCAACCCGGCGGCCUCAGAUGGAUUUUCCUGUUCAGUCUGUAAUUUGUUCUUUGGAGGAAGAAAACGCUGUAAAUCCUGGAAAAGUAGUAGUUCAUGGUUAUGCCGUGUCUGGAGGUGGGCGGGGGAUUGAGCGAGUAGAUGUAUCGUUCGAUGGUGGCAGGACGUGGGUGGAAGCAACCCGAUACCAAAAGAGUGGAGCUCCAUAUGUUGCAGAUGAUGCGAGUAGCGACAAGUGGGGAUGGGUGCUUUUUAAGGCUGAGGCGAUUGUCUCUCGCAGCACUGAAAUCGUGGCUAAAGCAAUCGAUAUAGCUGCAAACGUCCAACCCGAAAAUGUGGACGCCAUCUGGAACCUGAGAGGAAUACUGAACACAUCGUGGCAUAGGGUUCGAAUUCACGUUGAACACACCGAUUUGUGAUUCUUUUUCGUUCGAAUAUUUUUCUGGUGUACACAUUGUACACUCUUCGAGAGUUGCUCGGUGUUUCAAAGGUAAGCUCUGUACGCAAUUCAAGCAACCAGGAUUCUAAGCCUACUACAGAACCUGGGGAUUUCAGUUGCACCUUAUCACUUUGUAUCCAGUCUGACAUGUUUGUUCAUAAAUAUGCAAUCAUUCUCUACAAGAUAUGUACUGAUUUAUCACCCGAAGGGCGUUUCGAAUCA